UGUCCAGGGCCGUGGGGAGACACUCAGUGGCCUCUGACCGCGGGAUCCGCCCGGGGUCGGUUGAUCCGCGCGUCUGUGGGUCGCUGAGUCCUGGCCAGCAGCUUCGCCCUCGUCAUGGCGCCACUGCUGCAACUGCUGUGGCUGCUGGCCCUGCUCCGGACCGUGGCCCUGGUCCCGGUCCCCGCCAAACCCCGGGCAGACGACGAGCAGGCCUGGGAUCUGUCGUCCCCGGAGCUGCUGGCGCCCGCCCGCUUCGCGCUGGAUAUGUACAAUUACGGUCGUGCUGCCGGGAUGAGGGCCGUGCUGGGGACUGUACGCGGGCGCGUCCGCCGGGUGGGUCGGGGCUCUCUCUUCUCCCUGGAAGCCACAAUGGAGGAGCCACCUUGCAAUGAUCCUCUGGUGUGCCUGCUCCCUGUGACCAAUAAAACCUUGCUCUGCAGCUUUCAAGUCUUGGAUGAGCUAGGAAAACACGUGCUGCUGAGGAGAGACUGUGGCCCAGUGAAUACGAAGGUUCCAGAGUAUGGAAAUGAGACUUUCAGUUCAUUCCUUCCGAUGCUGAACAAGGACCCCUUGCCCCAGGACUUUUCUGUAAAGAUGGCUACAGUCUUCAAGGACUUCAUGGCCACCUAUAACCGGACUUACGAAACAAAGGAAGAAACCCAGUGGCGCUUGACUGUCUUUACCAGAAACAUGGUACGAGUACAGAAGAUUCAGGCCCUGGACCGUGGCACAGCUCAAUAUGGGAUUACCAAGUUCAGUGACCUCACAGAGGAGGAGUUCUACACCAUCUACCUGAAUCCCCUUUUACGAAAUGGUUCUGGCAAGAAGAUGAGGCCAGCCAAGUCCAUAAAUGGUCGUGCCCCGCCCGAAUGGGACUGGAGGAAGAAAGGGGCUGUCACCGAAGUGAAGGACCAGGGCAUGUGUGGCUCCUGCUGGGCCUUCUCUGUCACAGGCAAUGUGGAGGGCCAGUGGUUCCUGAACCGGGGGACUCUGCUCUCCCUGUCAGAGCAGGAGCUCUUGGAUUGUGACAAGAUGGACAAGGCCUGCUUGGGUGGAUUGCCCUCCAAUGCCUACACAGCCAUAAAGAAUUUGGGAGGGCUGGAGACAGAGGAUGACUACAGCUACCAGGGCCAUGUUCAGGCCUGCAACUUCUCAGCACAGAGAGCCAAAGUCUACAUCAAUGAUUCAGUGGAGCUGAGCAAGAAUGAGAACAAGAUGGCAGCCUGGCUGGCCCAGAAAGGACCUAUCUCAGUUGCCAUCAACGCCUUUGGCAUGCAGUUCUAUCGCCAUGGGAUCGCCCGCCCUCUCAAGCCCCUCUGCAGCCCUUGGCUCAUUGACCAUGCUGUGUUGCUGGUGGGCUAUGGCAACCGCUCCAAGACUCCUUACUGGGCCAUCAAGAACAGCUGGGGUACUAACUGGGGUGAGGAGGGUUACUACUACUUGUAUCGUGGGUCUGGAGCCUGUGGUGUGAAUACCAUGGCCAGCUCGGCAGUGGUGAACUGAGGGACUUGCUGGCACAGGACCUGAAGCUGACCAUAGUGGCCCCUUCCUUAGCCUGACUCAUGCCCAGGCCUCUCAGGAGGCACAGCUGGCUGAGGGACAAGCCCUUGGUGUACCUCAGGGUGAGCAGUGGGCCCUGGGCCCCUUCUUCCCUCCCUCCCUCCCUCUCAUGCCCACCUGAAGUUUCUCGGCUGCCUCUUUGUUGAAUUGUGGUAAGCUGCGAGGAUCCUGAGGUGAAGGAGGCUUUCAUGGAAGCCAGUGCUGAGGCACGAACCCCGGGCUCGGGUAAGGUGCAGAAUGAAAAUACUCUAAUCACAAAUCUGACUUUGUCCUUAGCAGGCUCUGGCUUCCUGCCUUGAUUUUCCUCUGUCUGAGGCUGUAAACUUUUGGUCCCCUUCCACAUCCAGGAAACUUGUAACAAAUCUUCUCUAAGAGCAAUAAAGAGGUAUCCUGCUCCCCA